AUGGCAGAAACCAAUGAUGAAGAGUCCAAUCAGGCAAAGUCCACGGCGGCAGCCAAAGAAGUCACCAAACCCCCCGCCAACAACAACCUCACCCCGGCCGCCAGAAUGCUUCAACAUAUUCUAUCAAGCCGCUCCCUCUUGAUCAUGAGGAAGACAAUGAUCCUCGAAGCCCUGAACCAGGCCGAGAACGAGGCCGAGGCUAAAGUGGAGGCUGCACUUGCCAUGAAGAGCAACGACUUGAAGCAGGGCAAGGACGAGGACAGCGGCAAAGAUAAAGAUAAAGACAACGAAAACCCCCCCAGUCCCCUUACCCCGGACCGUCCAGUGAAGUCCCUGUCUACAGUCCAAGUGGAACAGGAAGUCAACAUAAACCAAGCACAAGCGGCUAUCCGUAGCCUGAAGAGACAUGGAGCCAGCGUCCAUGAAGCAGCAGCACGAGAAUCUCCAGCAGACGUCCAGCAGAACCUUACAGCCGCCAACAACAUUCCUCCCAUGGCCGCCAAGGCUCCCAUGGCUCCCAAGGCUACUACCUCAGUUACAACACGUAGCGGUCGCGUGGUGAAGCCCACCCGGAAAACCAGAGGGAUGAACGAGGCGAUGGAUAAGAAGAAACCCAGCACCGAAGCGGCUACACGUACACAUACUAGGAUCAGAACCAGGAUUAGGAGUGGAAAAGGAGGCAAGGGAGGAGCUACAAGGUCCAAUUCAGCGCCACCGCCGGCCGCUACUGUGAACACAACGGUCACACGCAGUGGUCGUGUGGUGAAGCCUACUUUGAAGGCUAGAGGUAGGGAGAUGGGGGCUUAG